UGUUCUCUAGGCGGUCAGUGGAUUUCGUAGGUUUCCGAAACCUUACAUCAAAAACAGACAGUACAAACUACAAAGUACAAACUACAAAGUACAAUGGUCUUCCUCCACAUCCCUCCGAAUUAUACCGAAGAAGAGAUUAUGCUGCAGGCGAAAUAUGACAAAUUGAAACGCAAGAAAAAAGCACUUCACGUAAUGAAAGUACCGCGUCAAGAACCGGAAAGAAUUACUCCAGUCAAAGUACCGCAGAAUGACGGAAGGGAUGCACGAGAAAUAGCUAAAAAGCUACUCAAAAGUGGAGCAAUAUCUGCUAUUAAGAAAACUCCAAAAAGAGAUGAGUUGUCUGGUUUCAAGCGUCCUGGUGGUUCCAGUGGUAGAAAAAGUGAGGCAUUGAGGUUAAGUGGUUAUCAUCCCUUUGCAGGUAACAUUGAAGAAUCUCGUCCAAGCAUCAAGAAACUUUACACUUCUAUGAAUAAGACUGAUGAUGAUCCUGAUUGGUCACCCGAACAGAAAAAACAAAGUCCAAAAGUGAACAGAAGUUCAGUUUUUGUCAAAGGUUUAGGUGUUAAUGAGACCCUAGUUAAAAGAACUUUCUCAGAGCAUGGGGAAAUUGCAAAUAUCAAAAUUGAUACCGAAAAAAGACAAGGCGUUGUAACUUUCAAGAACCCAGAAUCUGCUGAAUCAUGCAUCUCUGCCUUAAAUGGAAGUGUGUUCAAUGGGUACCAGCUUGCAGUAUCAUUUAAUAAUAGACGACCUCCUAAAUCAGCACAAGACAUGCUUUCAGAUUCGCAGACACUAGCCGAUGUCGCAGUAAAUAAGGACCCAUCUCGGGAACUUGUCAUAUAUGAUGAUGUAUUUUUUUAAAAAGACUUGUGAUGCAUAAAGUUCCUUGUAAAAUUAAUUAGAAUAUCUAUCAUUAACGUUGUAAGAAUGAAGAACUGAUUUAUUGUGUGUUUAUGGUUGAGUAAGUUAUUCUAAAUACUUUUCUUAAAAAUAAACUGUGAAGUAUAAGAUAAAAUAAAUAAAAAUCUAAUUUUUCCAUUGAAAUUCAUAAAUUAAUUUAAAAAGGUAUUGUUAUGUACAUACUUUGAACUUACUUGUGAUAGUCACACAAAUUAACAAGUUACAAUCUUGCCCAACAGUUACAUGUACUUAAAAGAACAUGCAUUAUGGACAUAUAUUUAGUUCAAUAAUACUGAUUUAAUUAAAAAAUAUUUAUUUCAGUUAACAAUAUAAUAAUGACUGAGUAUAAAAUGUGUCCACUGGUAACAGUCCAUUUCCAUAAGAGUAUUAGUUUGAUAAGUAUUCCAUGUUCUUUGUGUUAAAAAAAAAUUAUAUGGUUUUCACAAUAAAGAUCUUUUCUCUUGG